UGGGAAGCCAUGGACGCAGCUGAGAAAGAGGAAAUCAGUGUUGAAGAUGAAGCUGUGGAUAAAAACAUUUUCAAAGACUGCAGCAAGAUUGCUUUCUACAGGCGUCAGAAACAGCAGCUCUCCAAGAAGUCUACCUAUCGGGCAUUACUAGACUCAGUCACAGAAGGCAAAGAGAGCACCAGGUUCCAAAUCAUCAACGAAGCAGCUAAGGUUCCUCUCCUGGCUGAAGUUUAUGGUAUAGAGGGAAAUAUUUUCAGGCUUAAAAUCAAUGAAGAAACACCCUUGAAACCCAGAUAUGAAGUUCCUGAUGUCCUCACAAGCAAGCCAGGCACUGUAAGGCUGAUUUCAUGCUCAGGGGAUACAGGCAGUCUCGUAUUGGCAAAUGGAAAAGGAGAUCUGAAGUGUCACAUCACAGCAAACCCAUUCAAGAUAGACUUGGUAUCUGAAGAAGAGGUUGUGAUGAGCAUAAACUCCCUGGGCCAAUUGUACUUUGAGCAGCUGCAGAUUCCUCCCAAGCAAAGAGCUACCAAGGAAAAUGAGGAGGAUACAUCAGAUGACACCACUCAGGAAAAUCAAGAGGAACUGGGCCUGUGGGAGGAGAAAUUCAGAAAUUUUGUGGAUGUCAAAGAUAAUGGUCCUGCCUCCAUUGGUUUGGAUUUCUCCUUGCAUGGGUUUGAGCAUGUCUAUGGGAUCCCGCAACAUGCAGAAUCACACCAACUUAAAAAUACCAGUGAUGGAGAUGCUUACCGUCUUUAUAACCUAGAUGUCUAUGGAUAUAAAAUACAUGACAAAAUGGGCAUUUAUGGUUCAGUGCCUUAUCUCCUGGCCCACAAACUGGGCAGGACUCUAGGCAUUUUUUGGCUAAAUGCCUCAGAAACACUAGUGGAGAUCAAUACAGAACCUGCUGUAAAGUAUGCAUUGACCCAGACGGGCCCAGUUGUUGCUAAACAAAAGGUCAGAUCUCAAACUGAUGUGCACUGGAUGUCAGAGAGUGGAAUCAUUGAUGUUUUUUUGCUGACAGGACCUACACCUUCUGAUGUCUUCAAGCAGUACUCAUACCUUACAGGCACACAAGCCAUGCCCCCUCUCUUCUCCUUGGGGUACCAUCAGUGCCGCUGGAACUACGAAGAUGAGCAUGAUGUAAAGGCAGUGGAUGCAGGAUUUGAUGAACAUGACAUUCCUUACGAUGUCAUGUGGCUGGACAUAGAGCACACUGAAGGCAAGAGGUACUUCACCUGGGACAAGAAGAGGUUCCCAAACCCCAAAAGGAUGCAAGAGCUGCUCAGGAGCAAAAAACGUAAGCUUGUGGUCAUUAGUGACCCCCACAUCAAGAUUGAUCCUGACUAUUUAGUGUAUGCUAAGGCCAAAGAACAGGGCUUCUUUGUGAGGAAUCAUGAAGGGGGAGACUUUGAAGGCGUAUGCUGGCCUGGUCUCUCCUCUUACCUGGAUUUUACCAGUCCCAAAGUCAGAGAGUGGUAUUCCAGUCUUUUUGCUUUCUCUGUUUAUCAGGGAUCUACUGACAUCCUCUACAUAUGGAACGACAUGAAUGAGCCCUCUGUCUUUAGAGGGCCAGAACUAACCAUGCAGAAGAAUGCCAUUCAUCAUGGCAACUGGGAGCACCGAGAACUUCACAACAUCUAUGGCUUUUAUCAGCAAAUGGCCACUGCAGAAGGACUGAUCCAGCGAUCUAAAGGGAAGGAGAGACCCUUUGUUCUUACACGUUCUUUCUUUGCUGGAUCACAAAAAUAUGGUGCUGUGUGGACAGGUGACAACACAGCAGAGUGGAGUUACCUGAAAAUUUCUAUCCCUAUGUUACUCACCCUCAGCGUGACUGGGAUCUCUUUUUGUGGAGCGGAUGUAGGCGGCUUCAUUGGGAAUCCAGAGGCAGAGCUGCUAGUGCGGUGGUACCAGGCCGGAGCCUACCAGCCCUUCUUCCGUGGCCAUGCCACCAAGAACACCAAGCGACGGGAACCCUGGCUCUUUGGGGAGGAGCACACCCGGCUCAUCCAAGAAGCCAUCAGAGAGCGCUACACCCUCCUGCCCUACUGGUAUUCUCUGUUCUACUCUGCACACGUGGCUUCCCAACCCGUCAUGAGGCCUCUGUGGGUAGAGUUCCCUGAUGAAUUAGAGACUUUCGGUGUGGAAGAUGAAUACAUGCUGGGAAGCGCUUUAUUGGUUCACCCAGUCACAGAACCAAAAGCUACUGUGGUUGAUGUGUUUCUGCCAGGAUCAAGUGAGGUCUGGUAUGACUCUAAGACAUUUGCUCAUUGGGAAGGAGCAUGUACUGUAAAGAUCCCAGUAGCCUUGGACACGAUACCAGUGUUUCAACGAGGUGGAAGUGUGGUACCAAUAAAGACAACUAUAGGAAGAUCCACAGGCUGCAUGACUGAUUCCCCAUAUGGACUCUGGGUGGCCCUAAGCACUAAGGGUUCUGCUGUGGGUGAAUUCUAUCUCGAUGAUGGUCAUUCAUUCCAAUACCUCCACCAGAAGCAAUUCUUGCACAGGAAGUUUUCAUUCGCCUCAGGUGUUUUGAUCAACAGUUGUGCUGACAAGAGGGGUCAUUAUCCCAGCAAGUGUGUGGUGGAGCAGAUCUUGGUCCUAGGCCUCAAGAAGCAGCCAUCUUCUGUGACCAGCCACUCACCUGAUGGUAAAGCUCAGCCUGUGGCUUUUACAUAUUGUGCGAAAACAUCCACCCUGACCCUGGAGAAGUUCUCACUGAACAUUGGUGCUGACUGGAAGGUCCAAAUCCAGUGA